AUGUGUGACUCUUGUCAGGCUUAUGGCUUGUUCAAAGGUGCAGCACCCAUUGGAAUAUGUUAUGGUCGUGUUGCCAACAAUCUACCACAACCCUCCUCCGUUGUCAACCUCAUCAAAUCCAAUGGCAUCAAAUACGUCCGCCUCUUCGACAUUGACCCCACCACCCUCAAAUCAUUCUCCGGUACCAGAAUCAACCUUACGAUUGGCGUGCCUAACGAGCUCCUCCCCUUCCUGGCCAAUGCCAAAGAGGCCACAACCCUCAGCUGGCUCCAAUCCAAUGUCUUCGCCCACAUCCCCGCCAACCAAGUCCGCUACAUUGCUGUAGGCAACGAGGUCUUCCUCAAAGACCCGUUCUACACCCCCCACGUCAUCACCGCCAUUCUCAACCUCUACCAAGCUCUCAAAACCCUUAACCUCACCAAUUCCAUCAAGCUCUCAUCACCACAAGCAGCCUCAGUCGUAACAAAUUCAUACCCUCCAUCCGCAGCAACCUUUGACCCGUACAUUGAAUCUGCUAUCAUCCCUCUCGUACAAUAUCUAUACGAUAGCCGUUCACCUUUCAUGGUAAACGUGUAUCCCUACUUCAGUUACAUAAACAAUAAGAACCAUGUUUCUUUGGACUACGCAUUGUUCAAGUCUAAGAAUAAUACAGUUAGAGAUGGUGCAUUAACGUAUAGUAAUCUUUUUGACGCGAGUGUGGAUGCGUUUGUGUCUGCAAUGGAGAAGGUGGGGUUCGAGGGAGUGCCGGUGGUGGUGACUGAGACGGGGUGGCCAACGAAGGCUGGCGAGGCGGCGAGUGAUGAAAAUGCGUCGGUGUACAACGGAAACGUGGUGAGGCGGGCGGCAGACGAUGUUGGAACGCCACGGAGGCCGGAGACAGGAGUGGAAGCUUACCUGUUUGAUUUGUUUGAUGAGAACAAGAAGGGUGGAGAAGAGUACGAGAAGCAUUUUGGGAUUUUUGGUCUUGACGGGGUUAAGGCUUAUGACAUCGAUUUUAACUAAGAGAAAG